AAGUGGACGAAUUCUCAUCUCACUUUUGCAGUAAUGCUGUUUAUCUUCUGUGUCUUACUCUACGACCUCUCACUUGACCUUGAUUAACCAUGUGACCAUCAGAACUACUGCUAAUAAUGAAUUUCAGUGACAGAAAGUUUCUUUUAAAAGCCUCAACAGCUCCAUCGGACACCAUGCGACUGCUCUCGCGUGUGGGGAUUGCCUGCGUUUGUUCGUCAUGUUCUAUCAGCUGCUGGAUGUGUCAAACGGUUUCAUCAGCGCUGAUUCAAAGCAGCGCCUCAUUCAUGUUGACGCUGAAUGGCCAUUUGCGAUCGCUCCGACUGAUUUGUUUUGAUUGUCUGUUUGCGUUUGAGGUUUGAUAGUGACAGGGGCCGACGUCUUUUAGCCUCCCUCCUUUCUGCCCUCAUCCCUCUGUUCUCCUCCCUUUAAAUGUCUCCACCUCCUCCCACUCUUGUUCUUCUUUCUCUCCCUAAUGCCACAAUCACAAUUUGUCUUUUUUCCCUCUCAUACCUCCCUGCCCUAAUCCCUCCUUCUCCCUGCUUCCCUCUCUAUCUCCCUCUUCCUCCCACUCCUUUUUCCCUCCUAAUUAAGCGCUCCCUCUCACCCCUCCAAAUCUGUUCUUCCCGUCCAUCCCUCUCUCCCUAAUCCCUGUUUCUUUUUUAUCCCUCCCUCCUUCCUUUCUUCCUUGGUCCUUGUUCUCCCUGACAACACACUGCGUUAUGUAAUCUGCGUCUCUGGGUAUUAGUUAUGCAAAUUCAUACGUUUUUAUUUACGUCUCUCUCUCCAUCCCUUCUUUUCUCCUCUAUAUUUUCUUUCUCUUUCUGCCUCAUCUUCAUCAUUCCUCUCUUUUGUCCCCCUCUCUCUCCUCCUCUUUCCCUCCUUUCCCGCCUUCAUCUUUCAUCUCCCCUUCCUCUCCAUCCACCUUCAUCUCUAUCAUCCCUGUCACCCCUUAUUUCAUCCCUCUCUUGUCCUUCUUCUUCCCUUUCUCCUCCUUUCCCUUCCUCAAUAAUCCUAUUUCCCGUCCUUAUUUCACUUCUCCUCCCUCCAUCCAUCACUUCCUCUCAACGUUUUUUUUCCCUCCUCCCUCUCUUUCCUCCAGCCACCAGCGGUCUAGAGGCGGAGAGCGGCAGGCGCGGCGGCAGCAGCCACGGCGACGGCAACCACAGCAGCAGCAGCGGCGGCGGCGGAGGAGGAGGAGGCAGCAGCAGCAGCAGCGGCGGCGCGGCCCACUUCAGGUCUCCAUGGCAACAGAGCGUGAACGUGUUCGGCUCGUGGAGCAGGCCGGAGUGUGUCGAGGAGCUGCACCAGCAGGCGCAGCUCAACCUCCAGAGCCUGCUGCAAGACUUUGAGGAGCAGUUGUACGACACCAAGCUGACCGGCCAGACGUUCCGGCAUCCGUCCUCGCAGAGCUCCGACGACGCGUCCACCUCGCUCAGCCGAUCGCCCGUCUCCCUCAACAACAAGAGACCCGACUUCAUCUUCCUGCCGGCGUCCAAACAGCUCUACGACGAUGAAACCACCUCCUCAGUGUUUGGACUGAGGUCCGUGACCGACCCGUCUCCCUCCCCGUCCCCGUCGCCCUGCGGCUCAGAUCGUCCCCCGCUGGGUUGGAGCAGUAACAACAGCAGCAGCAGCACCGCCACUUCUGCUACCGGCGGACCGCCUGUCGCAGACAAACCACGUUGGCAGCUCGGGAGACGCACACCGGGUCACUUUAUACCGCUCGACGUCACAGGUGAAGGGAGAGGAGGGAAAUUCCACGGUGUCGACCUCCUCCAGCACUCCCCGUCCCCGUCCCCCUCUCCGGGGGACCCCUUCCCCCACCAGCCCCGCUCCCUGGAGCCCGUCACGGACACCCUCCACCAGAACCUCCCCCUGAGGAAGACGCACUCUGACCUCGACACAACCUCGCCUGCAGAUAACACUUUGGAGCAGCGUGCCCUGGACCAACUUCACCCGGGAGCUAUGGACCACUCUGGGCUGCUGUGCUCAAACACGCCCUCCGCUUCCUGGAACGGACCUAAGGGCUCCACGUUUUCACCCGGAGCCUGGAACGAGCCAUACAACUACAGCAUGAACAAAGGCCCGGCGGUUCCACCCAAACAGCACAGCGUCAUCGGAGGAGGUACGCAGGACGGGGUGAUGUUGGUAAGCUCGGGACAGUCGGCGAGCUCACAUUCUGGUUCAUUCGCGUCCGUGACGAACCCUUCUGGGAGAGGAGGGAAUAACAUGCCAGGGAUUUCACUGGCGACGGCGAUGAUAGGAAAGCGGAGCGAGACGGAAGGGGCUGCGGCGGACGGCGGGAGGGGAGGAGGGGGAGGUGGGGAGGCAGGGAGAGGGCGGGAGAGGUCGGCACGUUCCAUAGCAGCGGCGAACGCCUUCAAAUUCCGGGAGCGUUCCCUUUCCACGCCCACGGAUUCUGGUUCCUUCUGCUUUACAGAAGGCCAGCCAGACGGGAACAUCUUGCCUACAGGUAACGGGAACGCUAUGGCGAUAACAGACCACCAACAACAGCAUCACAACUUCCUGGGUUUGGGUGAGAACUACGCCCUUCUCUACCCUAGAGGGAGCUCCGAAGACAGCGCCAGUACCACAGACACAAUCUCCGUCACGGCUUCAGACUACAGCGCUGACGGCCGCCUGCGCCUACGCUCCCGCUCCAUCUCACUUAAGAAAUCCAAGCGCAAGCCGCCACCUCCUGUGAGGAGCGUGUCUCUCAUGAAGAACCUCGGAGAAGCCGAGGGCAGGAUCCACCAUGAAGGCGGUCUUUACAGGGAUGGCCGGCCAAAGAGCCUGCACAUCCCCAGGGACCACUUCCCGGACUUCCAGCCCGAUUUCCUCCUGCCCAGCUCCUCCAAACCCAGUAUUGGUGAGCGGGAGCUGGGCCAUGGAGGCACAGACGGACCUCCGAGCCUGGAGGUCCAGGCACCAGAGAGGGAGGGAGAGACAGAGCUGACCUUCCCCACUCACUGGCAGCUGGGGGAUUGGAAGAAUGACCCUUACAGGUCUCUUUCAGGCUCCAGCACAGCAACAGGUACCACAGUGAUUGAAUGUAUGAAAGUCAGAGGCAGCUCGGAGUCCCUACUUGAUUCUCCCUCCACCUCCAGAGCCACCUCACCCUCACAGCUCUCCAUGGAAACGGACAUCAAGGCGUCCUCGCCCUUCAAACCCCCAGGACUCAUGUCCCCGUCAAGUGGCUACUCCAGCCAGUCAGAGACUCCCACCCCGACUGUUCCACUCAGUCACAUGGCAGGUCAUGGGACGGUAGGGACAUUGGGGUGUAAGUUGCGCCCAAAGAUCCCAGAAAGGAAAUCAUCGCUACCAUCGCCCAAGGACCCGGCAGCGAGGUCUAGACUGUCCUUUGAGAUGCCUGGGAAUGCACACCUGGAGCUGUCCUCAAUCAAGCCAAAGCAAAAGGCCAGCAGGCGACAUUCUGACACCUCAACGGCGGCGAAACCGGGAAAAAUCAGCCCCAGCUCCUCACAGGCUUUGCCAGUGGUCACCCAGAAUGAGCUGAAGACGAUUCGGCUCCGCUCCGUCUCUCGUGGUGACUUGGAGGACUGUCCCGAUGGGGCAUCUGACACCAUCGAAGAAGAGCAGCAUGGCCGAGACUUAGGCGAGGACCCCAGUCCGCCACCCACCCUGCCGAAACCCAAACCACCUGUUGCUGUCAAGCCCCCGUUGCCCAAGCGACCCCUAAACCUUCUCCUCAAGUCUCCUUCUCCCUCCUCCACUUCCCCCCUAGCCCUCGACUCACCUCCUGGCUCCCCUGUGGACCGGCCCGUGCCCCUAGGCAACAUCUACAAAGUCAUGAGGAAGCCCAAACCCAAAAAACCUCCACCGCAAGCAACAAGUCCCUCUGUUCUCCCAGAUUCUACCACCGCUCCACAAACUGCCUAUGAUCACCCAUUCCUCUUCCACUCCCAGGCCCUCUUUGAUCUCCCUCCUCUUCCGGACCCCCAGCCUCUCCUGGAAGACCCAGCGAUGGAGCCUGAUUUUGACACCGACCCAGAGAUCCGUCUUGGUCCUGGGGAUGGAGGCUCACUCCCCUCUCCCUGCAGCAACCAGGAGGCCCCGGAGCUCCAAGACAAGAGCAAGACCCUCCCCUCAAGGAUGACAAUCUCCUGUCUGGCAGAGCUGUCGGACAAAAAGAAACCCAAGGUUCCACCUCCAGUACCCAAGAAGCCGAAUGUCCUGCUCCUUCCCUCGUCGGUCCACUCUUCCACCAAUGGCAGCGCAGAACGUCAGACCCCACAGGCCGACAGCCCAGUGGGUCUCCGGUCUCCUGUAGGAGCUUUCCCACCAGAAGAGUUUCCCGGUUGUCCUAGUGUUCCCGAUAUGCUAGAGCAAGAGGAGAACCACUUGGGAACAGACGAGGAGAGUUCAAAAGAGUCAUCACUUCAGUCGUCUUUGCAGGAUUCCUCCCUCACAGAGCUGGGAGGGAAAAUGGCCAGCGCUGGGAUUGGGGCAGAUGACUCGGCGGCCAAUGAGAAGACGAUACUGCACAUCGCCGAGGAAACAGAUGAUGACUUGUUGGCCAGCACACCCUCAACACACACCACCGAAGACCUGUUCACUAUUAUUCACAGGUCCAAGCGAAGGGUUCUAGGCCGCAAGGAGCCGACGGACUCCUUCGGCAGCCGCCAGAGCCUAGUGUCCCCGGUGAAGCACAGCACCGGCGGCGGCGGCUGCGACGUCCGAAAUCUGACCUUAGGCAGCCAGAGGUCGAGCUCCCGCAACGAGAACUUCAUGGCCCUGCUCCAGAAGAAAGGCAGCAAGUCUUCCAGCGGAGGAGCCAGAGUCUCCGCCAUGGAGCUUCUCAAAAGCACAAACCCUCUGGCGCGGCGAGUCACCGAGUUUUCGACCACCUCGUCGACGGCCGGCGAGGGAGGAGAAUCCGGGAAACCCAACGAUCAGUGAGCGGAGGUAUUGUUGUUAACCAGGUCCGUUUGCUGUUGACAAAGCUACCAACCAAUUCUACAAUGUGCCACCCACUGCAAGACGGGGCCUUCGUACUAACGUCCAACCGGAUCGCUCCAACUACUGAUUGACCAUUUGCACUGUCCAAUCAAAUUGGAGCACAUUUUUUGGACAAAAUGGUCCCUCCCACGGUUGAAGCGUUAUUGAUCCCUGUCAAACCGGUCCCCUCUAGGAAAGCGAGAAAUCUGUGGAUAUUGGUUUGAGGUUUUUAAGGUCGACACUGCGUGGUGUUUUCCUCAUCGGGGAUGUGGUCUGUAGAUGGAUGGGUGGAGUGGACACUGGGAAUAUAAGGAUAUUCAGAGGAUAUCUUUACUCCUGGCUCCUUCUGGAUGAAGAGUCCCAGAUGAUGAUCAUAUAUAUGAAUCUGUAACCAGUUCUCCUGAUCCACGAGGAUACCACCGAGGAUCCAAUGAAUCCAAGAAAUAAAUGGAAUAAAAUACAGAUGAUUGGCCUAUGAUUCAAACAAAACCCUCCAACCCAUAGCACUACAGCACCGACACCUGUAGACCUACAAUUGAAGGGUCAAUUAUUAAUGAUCAGGCACCUGAGAAAGCAAAUAUGCCUAAAACCCUGGGCACCUGAACUCUUCUUCUUCUCCUCUCUAUGGUAAAGGCAAUACCAUAGCAGGCAUCAGCAUUUUCAGACAGCUGAACCUUCGGAUUUGAGCGGACUACGCGCUGCAGGAUUUACAAAGAAAAACCACACGGGUGGCUUUUUUGCCACCAAAGAUGACGCAUGAGCAUGUCACAGAUUUUGUCGCUCAUGCUAUGAACACUUUACGAAACAUUCCACAGAAGCGCCAAGCGACAUUUUUGGAACGCAAGCACUUUUUUUUCCCCCUUGGGCGUCGGAGGUCGUUUUUGCAGAGCAGCCUCCGCGUCGCUACGUUUCUCUCAUCCAUCAUUAUUUCUUUUUCUUAUAUUUUUUUCCCACACAUGCUAGACGGCCAUAUACUGUACAUGUUUCAUUUGUGUGUAAUCAUGUACAAAGAUAACUGUAACGCAUCUAUCCAGGGAUGUCGACACAAAGACUAAAAAUAGUGUACAGGAGCAGCUUGGACUACAAACUGCCCACACGAUGGAGGGAAACACUCAAACACACACACACUCACACACACGGACUAAGAAGUAACGCCAUGGAAGACAAACAGAACAGACCGGAUAACAUAGUGUGUGUGUGUGUGUUUGUUCAUACGAGUGUGUGUGCGCAGAUGAAAUCUCGCCUGUGGAGUUUCUGUACGGAGAGCAUGAAGCAGGCCUGGUUAUUAAACAGGGUUUUUAUUCAUUUUGGUCUCUGGUGACGGGACCAAAGGACUAUUCAAAACUACAAACAGACCAGAGGGGACCUAACGGUGUGUGUGUGUGUGUGUGUCUGUGUGUUCAUGUGUGUGUAAAGAGGGAAGUGCCAAGAACAAGACAGAGAAGAAAGAGAGAAAGAGAGAGAGAGAGUGAACGUACAUGUGCCUGUUUAUGUGUUUGCUAUUUUUUGUCUGUCCUCACUAUGUGUGGAUACAUGUGUGUGCGUGUGCGUGUGCGUGCGUGCGUGCGUCGUCACCCCCAACCUCCUUGCCCCCCGCUCCUUUCUUACGAUAGGAUUAGAAUGACCUCCCUACACCCACACAUUCUGGAACCAACAGGAUUCCGGAAUCAUGAGGAUUCAGUGGAUUACGGAAACAAAAAGGAUUCCAGAACCCCGAGGAUUCUGGAGUUCGGAACUCUGGAACGAGGGAGUCUUGUGACGUCAGAACCCCCCCACCCCUCCCUCUCAGAUCACUGCAGCUCUAGCAAAGAACGUAUAUCGCCAAGGAGUGAAGGUCAAUUGUUCGUUCCAUUGCAACGUCAGCGGCCAGCAGCAACGCUACGCUUCCGCCAUUUUGGACUGAAAGCGCCGACCGGACGGCAGAAUAACGUCCGCCUAAAAAGUGCCGUGCAAUAGUAAAACUAAAUUAUUUCUAUUCUAUCGUCAUAUUCUACCAGAAUGGCCUGUGUUCAACAAUGAAAUAUUCUGAAUAUAAUUUGGGCUUCACGGUGGUGCGGUGGUUAGCACUGUCGCUCAAACCUGGCUUGGGGGUCCUUGUUUGUGGAGUUUGCAUGUUCUUCCCGUGUUAGCGUGGCUUUACUCCUGGUGCUCAUGUUUCCUCCCACAGUCCAAAGACAUGCAGGUUCACUGUUGACUCUAAAUGUCCCGUAGGUGUGAAUGUGAGUGUGAAUGGUUGUGUGUCUCUGUGUGUCAGCCCUGUGAUAGUCU